AAUAGUACCGCUACAAGUAAAAGGUGCUGGUUUCGGCGUUGCUGCGGCCACCGUAGUUGUUGGCCACUUUACUUGCUGACCACUCCAGUACGGUACUAUACCCAGUUUGAUAUCAGCAAGUCGAACCAGAAGAACUAUUACUAGUAGAAGAAUGAGCAGCGCUGCCUCUACCAACAACGCCAACGCCAACGCCAACACUACCGAUACGGGCAACGCUGGAAACGGCAAACCACGGAGUUUGACCAAGAUGCUCAAUCUCAAGAUCCCCCUGCUACGAUCUCGUUCCCGCAGCGGCAAGCAGCAGCUUCCCGGGCGUUCCAGCAGUGACGGCAAGUCAUUCUUCCGUCGCGUUUCGGAUCGCCAGUUGGUCCGCAACAUUGCUUCCCAUGUCAUUGCCGAGUUGCACCAGAAGCAAAGCAACAUGUACGGAUGCAGUGCCACCUUUGUAGAGAGCAGCAGCUCUGCUUUCUUGGUUCCCUUUGAAGAUACCCAGGUCGAUCAGGUACAUGUACACCCGUUCAAAGACGAACUGGUCGUGGCUCCCCUCCACCGCAAAGAACUCGAGGUUGGUGAGCUGCUCGGUUCGGGGGGCUUUUCGGAGGUCUUUAGCAUCCAAGCUGUUCAACUCAAGAACAGAUACAUCAAGCAGGAGCGUGUCAGUCUCAGUGCCGCGGAAAAGGAAGCCAGACAAACGAUGCAAGAGGACGUGACCAACUCCACCUCUCAAGAUCAGGCAGAUAAAGAUGGAGGAGAGAACCAAUCUUUGGUCGUCAAGCAUCUCAAGAGUGAGCUCCUGGACAACCCAACGCGAUUCUACCAAGCUGUCCUAGAUCUAGAGCAGGAAGCCAACUUUCUAGCAGCCAUGAAUCACCCCAAUAUUGUCAAGCUACGAGGAGUUGCCCUUGGCGGCGCCGGUUCUCUCCGUAGCGGUCGUCACAACGAGUUCUUUCUGGUCAUGGAUCGAUUGACCGACACUCUGGCCAACCGUAUUGAUCAAUGGGAAGAGCUGCCGACCAACAACACGUCAGCUCCUGUGCGAGUCCCCAAUAUCGAGGCAAUUGUGGACUAUGCGACGCAGUUGGCGUCGGCAUUGGGUUAUCUCCACCAACGACGCCUCAUCUUUCGCGAUGUCAAAGCCGACAACGCGGGAUUCUUGCCUUUGUCUUCCUCCUCUCUCUACCCCUUUGACCGUCUGCAACUCUUUGAUUUCGGGCUGUGUCGCCAGCUCCCAGCUCAAAGGAAUUUUAACAUUGAUCCCGAACAAACCUGCUACAACAUGUCAAUGGCAGGCACCAUGAGAUACAUGAGUCCCGAGAUGUUGCUCGGCCAAGGAUACAAUCGCAAAUCUGACGUCUACGCCUGGGCCAUGACCGUAGUGGAAAUGAUUUCCAGGAAGAAACCAUACGAAAACAUUGACAAAGUUGAACAAUUUUUGGAUACUGUGUGCAAGCAACAUGAGCGACCCUGUGUGUCAAACUAUGUGUUGCCUCCUUCCUUGGUUGUGACGUUGGAGCGUGCCUGGUCUCCCUCCGUCAUCACCAGGGCUACCAUGAUGGAUGUACUCGAUCAGUUGCUGGAGGUAAUUGAUCAAAUGGGCGACUGGGAUGUCGAGGAAGAACUUGAAGCAGACAUUGACAGCUCCAUUACCCUUGCCCGGGCUGCCUAAUCGGUGACUGGCUGUAUUCACAAUUCCACUCAUUCAUAACAUCACGUAGUGUAAACAAGUAGAGUUUAGAAAUAUACAUACAUCAUACAUGUAGUCUACUUUGUAUCGAUAGACAUGCCCC